CUCAAAUGAGAAAUACAAAGUACCAACACAACACUUGUCUAAGUUUUACUUAAUCAUGACUUUGCAUGGUGACCGGCAAAAAUGUCCAAAUACCAUAAAAAAAAUGUCAAAAACCAUUUGAUUCCCAUCAACAUGGCCGGCUUUGCAUUUUGUCACCAUUCAUUCAUUCAUUCAUGUUCUUUUCUAUUCUUUUAUGUCCCCUCAACCCUUCAUUCCUCUUCCUAAUCCCUUUCCUUUCCAACAAUGGAAAUCACCAUUCCAUUCCCAUUCCUUUUCAUUUAUUUACUACUACCAACUCUCAUCUUGGCUCUCUCACAAUCAUCAUCACCAAUAUGCAUUUCCAAUUCCGGACAUGUAAACCCCACAACCCCUUUACUCAACUUUCUUCAAACCCUCCAAGAAACAGCAUUCCUCACUUUCAAAAACCCCAAAUUUGACCCAAAGCUCUAUGUGGAUUUAUCCCUAAAGUACAAAUUGUCUUAUUCCCAAAAGGGUUUUGAUAAGCUUGUGAAAUACUCAAAUGGGUCAGUUUCUGUUAAGGAUUUGAGUGAGUAUAUAGAGAGUUAUUUUGAGGGUGCAGGGGAGGAUUUGGUGGGUAGUAAACCAGAGGAUUUUGUGUCUGAGCCAAAGGGGUUUCUUCCAAAGGUGAAGAAUGGAGAAGUUAGGAGUUGGGCAUUGAAAAUUCAUUCCCUUUGGAAGAAUUUGAGUAGAGAAGUUUCUGAUGAGGUGAGGAAACAGCCUCAGUUGCAUACUUUGAUUCCUCUUCCUAAACCUGUAAUCAUUCCUGGGUCAAGGUUUAGAGAGGUCUAUUAUUGGGAUUCUUAUUGGGUAAUCAGGGGAUUAGUAGCAAGUAAAAUGUAUGAUACAGCAAAAGCAAUUGUGAAUAAUCUCAUUUCACUUCUUCAACAAUAUGGUCAUGUUCUUAAUGGUGCCAGAACAUAUUACAUUAAUAGAAGUCAGCCUCCUCUCCUUAGUGCAAUGGUUACUGAAAUAUACAAGAGGACUGGAGAUUUAGAAUUUGCUAAAAACUCUCUCCCUGCACUAAUCAAAGAACAUAAGUUCUGGACUUCAGGAAUACAUAAAGUGUCCAUUAAUGAUGGUGAUCAAGCUCAUAAUCAUACUUUAACUCGAUAUUAUGCAAUGUGGAAUAAGCCCAGGCCUGAAUCUUCCACCCUUGACAAAGAACUUGCUUCAAAUAUCUCAUCUCUUACUAAGAAACAAAAGUUUUACCGCGAGGUCGCAUCAACUGCUGAGUCUGGAUGGGAUUUUAGUACGAGAUGGAUGAGGCACCAUGUCGAUUUUACAACAUUGGCUACAACAUCAAUCUUACCAGUUGAUUUAAAUGCAUUCAUACUCGGGAUGGAACUCGAUAUUUCCUUCUUGGCAAAUGUUACAGGAGAUUACACAAUCUCUAAGCGAUUCUCGAAAGCUUCUCGAGUUAGAAAGAAGGCAAUAGAAUCUGUGUUUUGGAACGAAAAGACAGGGCAAUGGCAUGAUUACUGGCUCAGCAAUAAUAGCAAUUGCAUGAUAAAUGAAACAUGGGAAGCUAGGAACCAGAAUCAGAAAGUGUUUGCUUCAAAUUUCAUUCCUUUAUGGAUUGAAUCAUUUCACUCAGAUGGUGUAGUGGUUGAUAAAGUCAUGAGAAGUCUUCAAAAAUCAGGUCUUGUUCAUUCUGCUGGUAUUGCUACAUCUCUUACAAAUUCAGGACAACAAUGGGAUUUUCCAAAUGGUUGGGCUCCAAUCCAACAUAUGAUUAUUGAAGGUUUAACAAGAUCUGGAUUGAAAGAAGCAAGAUCAAUGGGAAGAGAAAUUGCAGUGAGUUGGCUUAGAACAAAUUAUGUAACUUUCAAGAAGACAAAAACAAUGCAUGAAAAAUACAAUGUGGAGAAAUGUGGAUUUUUUGGAGGUGGUGGUGAAUAUGUGCCUCAGACUGGUUUUGGGUGGUCAAAUGGAGUAGUGUUGGCAUUGUUGGAAGAGUUUGGUUGGCCUGAAGAUCUAAGCAUUGAUUGCCCAAUUGCUUAGUUAGGAUUAUUAUUAUAUUAUUAUUAUUUACACAUUGCCUAAUUUAUCAAAAUAAUAUUGUAACAAAUAAUAUUUUUUUAAUAGUAUAUGGUGUAACAAAUAAUAGAAAGGAAUAAUUAUAUAAGACACCAUUUUUUGUAAAAUAUUUAUAUUUUUACUUUCAAAGAAUAUUUUUUU